AUGUGGCUGCUCCCACCCCUGCUCCUGCUCAUCGUCCCAGGAGACAUCUCGGGUCCAGAAGCAGUGAGAGGUCGGGAGGGGGAAUUGCUGACUGUGCAGUGUCACUAUAAACCAGGGUGGGAGGCCUCCAGGAAGUGGUGGUGUCAAGGGGCUGAUUCCGGCAGCUGCAAGACCCUUGCUAUAACCAAUGGAUCAGCGUUUGGGAUGAAGGAGCGUGUGUCCAUCAGGGACGAUCGGACAAACCACUCAUUCACUGUGACCAUGAAGGAGCUCAGGCGAGAAGAUACAGACACUUACUGGUGUGGGAUCGAGAGAAGUGGACGUGACCCUGCGGUCCCUGUUAGAGUGACCGUUGACCCAGAUGCCCCAGAACACACCACUGGCUCCCCGACUGUGACCAGCCACCACUCCGAUGGCAGGUUCCAGCUCAGCAGCACCCACUUCCUGCUCCUGAUCUUCCUGAAGGUGCCCCUGCUCCUGAGCGUGCUCGGUGCCGUCCUGUGGGUGAACAGGCCUCAGCGGAGCUCGGGGGAGAGGCAGAGUCAGCCCCGCUCUGAGAACCAGUAG